AUGACUUUAUACUUCUCUCAUUCGAUUUCUUUCAUUCGAACAAGACCUAUCCAUCCAACAAGCUUCAAACUUAACCCAUUUUCAUUAUCAAGAAACCUCACUACAACCACCACCACCACCAAAACCAAAAUCCCAACAACACAUUUGGCACGAUCCUAUCGUUUCGCAAUCUGUGGUGCAGGUCCAGCUGGAUUUUAUUCGGCUUCUCGAUUAUUAAGUUUAUUGAAUGAUCAUCAAGAUAUACGAAUCGAUUUAUUUGAUAAACUUCCUACUCCUUUUGGUUUAAGUAGAUAUGGUGUUGCACCUGAUCAUCCGGAAGUUAAAAAUUGUGAGCAUAAAUUUGAAGAAGUUGCUCAAGACCCUAGAGUGAAAUUUUUCGGUAAUACAAGAUUAACAGGAGAAAAAGAAGAAAGGAUAUCAUUCAAUACCGAAGCAACCAUUACAAUUUCAGAACUUAGAUCUUAUUAUGAUGCCGUGAUUCUUAGUUAUGGAUCAUGUUUAGAUCGAGAUUUAGGAGGUAUACCAGGAGAAACCAAUUUAAGUAAUAUAAUACCUGCAAGAUCAGUUGUGAAUUGGUAUAACAGUUAUCCACGUUCAUCAUCAAAUGAUCCAAUUAAUUCUUUUGAUAUCGAUUUGAGUAAGAUUGAAAAGGUGGUGAUACUUGGACAAGGAAAUGUAGCACUUGAUAUUGCUAGAAUCUUAUUAACUGAUAUAGAUCAACUGGCAAAAACGGAUAUAAGUGAAAGAGCAUUAGAAAACUUAUCAAAUAGUCAAAUCAAAGAAGUUGAAAUCGUAGGAAGAAGAGGACCUUUACAAAUGCCAUGUACAACCAAAGAACUACGAGAACUGUUAUCAUUGAAAGAUGUUAGAUUUGAAACAGAUUUAGAAAUCUUAAAUGAAUCCAUUGAAUUGAUACGACAACCUGAAAUCUUGAAUCAUUUACAAAACUCUAGACUUAGGAAACGAUUAAUUGAAUUAAUGUCAAAAUCUAUGACCAAUCAACGGAAUCAAACAUCUAGCCAUCGAUCUUGGUCAUUCAGAUUCCUUAGAUCACCUAUUGCUUUUCAUCCUGAUCCUAACUUUACAUCAACAGAAAGACAACCAGUGAAGAAGAUCGAAUGGCAAAGGAAUCGACUAUUGAACCCGAAACCUACAGAAAUUAAGCCCCACAUGGACCUCUCGACUGCAACUGCCAUUCCUUCGGAACCGUCUCAUACAUUCACUUCACAGGCCGAUUUAGUCAUCAAGAGUAUCGGUUAUCGCCCUGAAGUGAUUUCAGGAAUUCCGUACAACUCCCGACAAACUUCCGUGAACAAUAUUGAUGGUCGAGUCAUCAAUGAAAAAGGAGAAGUGAUCCCAGGUCUUUAUGUAUCAGGAUGGUUAUCAAGAGGAGCCAAUGGAGUAAUAGCAAAUACAAUGUAUGAUGCAUUUCUAACCAUAGAUAAACUUAUAGAAGAUAUACAAAACAAUCAACUUGAUAAACAUAAUGUAUCAAAUGAUUUAAAAAUCAAUGGUAAGGAAAACGUUAUGGAUUGGAAUCAGUGGAAAAUAAUUGAUGAAGUUGAGAAAAUCAAUGGAAUCCAAAAAGGAAAAGUUAGAGAAAAGAUUGAAGAUUUAGAUCGAAUGAUGGAAAUCGGUUGUAAGAAGAUUUGAUUGGGUUUUUUGCGUUCCAUUUUGUUUUUCAAUAUGAUUGAUUGGAUUUAUAAGGUCUUGAUAGGUUGAAGGUGUAUAUAUUGUUUUAGAUUAUCAACAGUUUUGGCGUCUUUCCAUUGUUGAAGGUAUUUCAAUCCUCAAAGUCACACCACAUUUGAUUUGAUUUUUGGAGACAUAUCACAUAGAAGCCACUGGAAAUCAGGAAUGUAUGUCUUUCUGAUUUUAGAUUUAAAGGGUGUGUACUUAAAUUGAAUUAGGUUGGCAAACAUUUAUAUCACUAUGAUAAUUGAUUUGUCUGAAUGACUUCAUCAAGUCUUUAAAUUAUCAAUUUUCUCAUUUUCUUCCC